GAAGUGUUAACACUUGAAGUCGACAGAUGACAGUUUUUUUGGCAACCGGAGAAAAAUCCACCAUCCAUACCAUCCAUGUGGAUGUUUACCCUUUCAAAGAAAAUCGAAGGAAAAUUACUAUAAGAACAAUAUUUUAUUUAUUUUUAUCAAUUAGAUUAGUUUUCAAAUAAACAUGCCGCCGAAAAAAGCACCAACCGGAGCUCCCAGCAAAAAGACUGAGCAGAAGAAAAAGGAAAAAGUUAUCGAGGACAAGACAUUCGGUAUAAAAAACAAAAAAGGAGCGAAACAACAAAAGUUCAUCCAGCAAGUCGAAAAACAAGUAAAAUCUGGAGGCCUCCAUCCACUCAAAGAAGUCAGCAAAAAGUUGGACAAAGAAGCGAAAUUGAAAGAACAAAAAGAAAUGAAUCUACUCUUCAAGCCUGUCCAAACUCAAAAAAUAGAAAAAGGUGCCGAUCCAAAAUCCAUAGUUUGUGCUUUCUUCAAACAAGGUCAGUGCGGCAAAGGGGAUAGAUGUAAAUUCUCUCACGAUCUGACUAUUGAAAGGAAAGCUGAAAAAAGAUCGUUGUAUUUUGAUAUGACAAAAGAUGACGAUGAAAAUGACACUAUGGAAAAUUGGGAUGAAGAAAAACUAAAAGAAGUCAUUGAGAAGAAACAUGGUGGUGGUGGUGCAAAAAUGCCUACAACUGAUAUUAUUUGCAAACAUUUCCUUGAAGCAGUAGAAAAAUCCAAAUAUGGUUGGUUCUGGACAUGUCCUGUUGGUGAUAGUUGCAUCUAUAGACAUGCCUUACCAGCAGGAUUUGUCCUUAAAAAAGACCGCAAAAAGGAUGACAAAAAAGAUGAAAUUACUCUAGAAGAACUAAUUGAAAAGGAACGAGCAGCUUUAGGCCCUAGUCAAACUAAAGUAACCUUAGAAACUUUCCUUGCUUGGAAGAAACGAAAAAUACAAGAGAAAAAAGAAACUCUUAAAAAAGAUGAAGACAAAAAGAGAAGCGACUUCAAAGCUGGUAGGCAAGUUGGAAUUUCUGGCAGAGAAAUGUUCAGCUUUAAUCCAGAAUUGGCUGCCGAGAAUGAUCUUGAAGAUGGAGAUGAAGCAUUUGAUUCUGCUUUGUACAGAAACGAGGAUGAAGAUGCUAUUGAAUAUAAGGAAAUUAAUUUGGAUAUUUUGGGUGAUGAUGUUCAUGAAGUUGACAAUACUGGAACAAUAGCUUCAGAAGACAGAUUCAAAUCAGAAAAACCUUCAAGCAGCAAUUCAAAUGCUGAAGCGGUACCUAUAAAUGAAAACCUCUUCUUAGAAGAUGAUUUAGAUGGAUUAGAAGAUCUAGAUCUAGAGGACUAAUAAAGUAUUGGUCUUUUUGUAGGCCCAUCGGAUAUUGUUUUUUUUUUUUUUUCUUUAUUUAUAAGUUAUAAAUUAAUAAAUCUCGCUGAAGAAAAAUGAGUGGUACUAAUUCAUUGCAAAAUUGUAAAUACAUAAUCAAAGCUUUUUAUUUGUUCUGAAAUAUUAAAGUUUUAUUACAAAUUGUGUGUGAUUUAAUUACAAAAAUUUCACAAUAUCUUCCAUUAUCCUCUUGGACAAUUUACUAGGGCUGGUAUUCCCAUCAAAAUACUGAACUUCCUUGACAUUUUCCUUAACUUCUUGUAAAUGCUUCAAAUGCUCUGGCCACGCACAUGUUUCAAAAUAUCCAGGACAAUCCGGAGGCUCGUACACCCUCUUCAAACGUCUCCUCAAACAUUCUUCAUAGUUUAAGGUAAUGUAGAAUUUUAAAUCACAUAAAUCUGCCAAGGGUUUGUGGUUUAGUAUACAAAAUCCUUCAACUAUGACAACAUGACGCUGAUUUUUAAUAAUAUUUCUUAGUAUUUUUUUAGACUCUUUUUUCACAUGUUCCUCGAUAUCUUUGGUCAUUUGUUCCAUAUCCAAUGAGCCCAGUAUAUCAAAAUUGAUGUGGUUCAGUUCUGGAAUCAGUAAAUGCCUAGGAUCUUUCACUGGCAAAAAAUAAUCGUCUUGGCAAAAUAUUUUGCUGUCAGGCAGAAUCUUGUGCAGUUCACUGGCUAUCGUCGAUUUCCCGCUGCAUGUUGCACCACAAACUGCAACCACAAUCACUUUUUCUCUGGAUAAACUCAUCGGUAUGAAUUUGAAUUUUAAAUGAUUUAUAGCGUAGAAACUAAGUAGGUAUAAAACAUGGUGGAGGUCAAGGUCAGAGGUGUAUUUGCUAAGUAUUUAUGCAAUUAGUAAAGUAAAUUAUCAUCGCAUGAUAAUGUAAUUUCAUAAUUAUUUGUAUCUCUAGAUUUUUUUAUUGCGAUUGAGAAAAAGUGAAUAUUGAUA